AAAUGGAACGCGGAAGACCAGACGCUUCAGUUUGUCUGGGAGACCGAGAGAAGAUUUAACGACGAAACCGAGCCCAGCAACGCUCGAGUGGAGGCCGCGUGUUUGCAGACAGACCGGGACCAGAACCAGAACCAGUGUCAGUCCAGUCAAAGUUAAGCCGAGGUGCGGCGGCUGCCGUACCAAUGGACGGCCCUGACCAGAACCAGGAGAUGGACCAGAACCAGGAUCAGAACCAGGACCAGAACCAGGAUCAGAACCAGGACCAGAACCAGGACCAGGAGAUGGACCCGGACCAGAACCAGGAGAUGGACCAGGACCCGGACCAGAAACAGGAGAUGGACCAGAACCAGGAUCAGAACCAGGACCAGGAGAUGGACCAGGACCAGAAACAGGAGAUGGACCAGGACCAGAACCAGGAUCAGGACCAGAAACAGGAGAUGGAUCAGGACCAGGACCAGGACUCCUCAUCCAGCAGGACUAAAGCUGCUGGUCUGCAGAAACGUAAAGGCAAAGAGAGGCCCACAGGUUACUACCCCUGUGAUCAGUGUGAGAAAGUCCUCACCACUUCAUCAACCCUGAAGAGCCAUAAGAAGAUUCACACUGGAGAGAAGCCGUACAAAUGUGAUCAGUGUGGGGCAGCUUUUACUGAAUCGGGUACUUUAAGAAGUCACCAACGUGUUCACACUGGAGAGAAGCCGUACAAAUGUGAUCAGUGUGGGGCAGCUUUUACUGAAUCGGGUCAUUUAAGAAGUCACCAACGUAUUCACACUGGAGAGAAGCCGUACAAAUGUGAUCAGUGUGGGGCAGCUUUUACUGCAUCGGGUCAUUUAAGAAGUCACCAACGUAUUCACACUGGAGAGAAGCCAUACAAAUGUGAUCAGUGUGGGGCAGCUUUUACUCAAUUGGGUAAUUUAAGAAGUCACCAACGUAUUCACACUGGAGAGAAGCCGUACAGGUGUGAUCAGUGUGGGGCAGCUUUUACUGAAUCGGGUACUUUAAGAAGUCACCAACGUGUUCACACUGGAGAGAAGCCGUACAAAUGUGAUCAGUGUGGGGCAGCUUUUACUGAAUCGGGUCAUUUAAGAAGUCACCAACGUAUUCACACUGGAGAGAAGCCGUACAAAUGUGAUCAGUGUGGUGCAGCUUUUACUGCAUCGGGUCAUUUAAGAAGUCACCAACGUAUUCACACUGGAGAGAAGCCGUACAAAUGUGAUCAGUGUGGGGCAGCUUUUACUCAAUUGGGUAAUUUAAGAAGUCACCAACGUAUUCACACUGGAGAGAAGCUGUACAGAUGUGAUCAGUGUGGGGCAGCUUUUACUCAAUCAGGUACUUUAACGAAACACAGACGUAAUCACACUGGAGAGAAGCCGUACAGAUGUGAUCAGUGUGGGGCAGCUUUUACUGAAUCAGGUACUUUAAGAAGUCACCAACGUAUUCACACUGGAGAGAAGCCAUACAAAUGUGAUCAGUGUGGGGCAGCUUUUAGUAAAUCAGGUGAUUUAAGAAGUCACCAACGUGUUCACAGUGGAGAGAAGCCGUACAGAUGUGAUCAAUGUGGGGCAGCUUUUACUAAAUCGGGUAAUUUAAAAAGUCACCAACGUGUUCACACUGGAGAGAAGCCAUACAAAUGUGAUCAGUGUGGGGCAGCUUUUAGUAAAUCAGGUGCUUUAAGAAGUCACCAACGUGUUCACACUGGAGAGAAGCCGUACAAAUGUGAUCAGUGUGGGGCGGCUUUUACACAAUUGGGUCAUUUAAGAAGUCACCAACGUAUUCACACUGGAGAGAAGCCGUACAAAUGUGAUCAAUGUGGGGCAGCUUUUACUGAAUCGGGUAAUUUAAGAAGUCACCAACGUGUUCACACUGGAGAGAAGCCUUACAAAUGUGAUCAGUGUGAGGCAGCUUUUACUAAAUCGGUUAAUUUAAGAAGUCACCAACGUGUUCACACUGGAGAGAAGCCCUAGAAAUGUGAUCAGUGUGGGGCAGCCUUUGCCAGAUCAGAUGGUUUAGGACAGUGAUUCUUAACCAUAGGGCCGCGGCCGCGAGCGCCAUCUAGUGGGCCGCAAAAAAAAAAAAUCAGUUUUGUACGUUUGGGCCGCGGGGGCCCCGGGACUGCAUAGCAACUCCCGACCAAAUGAGGAGAAGACACUCAGCUAGCUUUACGUGUAAAGGCCGAAAUAUGGUUCUGCGUCACUGACGUGCACCUCCCGAAAAUUGUAACUACGCGUCGAGCGACGCAGACCACACGCAGACGGAGAGGGCUGUGAUUGGAUCGCUUGGGAGCAAUGCAUUUCCGGUUUGAAGCAGUCGUGAACUUUCAGGGCUCUUUUCUUCGUUUAUGUGUGAUUUUUUUUAUUUUGUUUUUUUGCACAAUAGUUGUCCUUAUCUCUUUGAUUCACUGUGACUGGGAAAAAGUCGGAUAAACCAUUCAGAAAAAGAUCGCUAACUAGCGGUCGCGGGGGGUACUGCACCGCGACCAAAUGGAGAGACGGAGAAGUCCGAAGGGUUCAAUACGGCGUCACGGCUGCGGCGUGUGCUCUGCGUUGGUGUGACGCAGAAGCUUAAUUCAGCCUUUAGUUACAAUUUUUGGGAGGUGCACGUCAGUGACGGCGCAGGUGACGGCGUGUGGUCUGCGUCGACCCAAACCACACGCCGUAGGCACGGCGUCGUUUUGACGCAGAACCAUAUUUCAGCCUUAAUAGUAAGAGAAAUGGUGUGUAUUUACAGAGUAAAUCCUUCAUUUUGCACAGAGUAGGUUUAGAUCCGCCAGGAUCAGGGAUCGAUUACUUGGGUCUGCGCCCAGAGCGAGCGAGCUCAGCGUGUCGUUUACUGCUGAAGGAUUGUAGAUGUAGAUGCAGGGCUGACGUGUCUGCUGAACUGGACUGUUCGGGCUCGCAAAAGCAUUUGGAAAGUGACACGGCUGCAGCGCGGCCAUGAGAGCUGCGGGCUCUGCCCGUCUCAGCUGAUCAGGCUCGGAUGAAAUCCGACACGCGCAAUCCUGAGAACUUAUUAAUGUAAAUAACUUAAAGCAAAAUCAAAAUAAGUUUUGUUCCCGCUCUAUUUUAAAAUAUGCACACUUCAAAGUGCGAAAGUGAAACGCAACUGAAACAAAACACAAAGUUUUUCAUCAAAUAUAUCCACUCAAGUCUGAACUGAAGUCGCAGAAAAUAAGCUGACUAUCUUAAAACAUCCUGCCCAUGUUUGGGUCCACAUACUGUGAAGCAGCUUUCUCCACAAUGAACAUAAUUAAAACUUAAUAUCGUUCCAGGCUCAACAAUGAGCACCUUCACAUGUGCAUGAGAACCUGACACCAUCCAGCCCAGAUUUAAGUUCUGGCAGGAGAAAGCUCAGUUCUCUCACUGAACGACAGAAAGUGGGGGCAUAAGAUUAUAACAGGGGAAGAAAGAAAAAGUGCAAAACUGUUCAAUUGUUAAGAUGUGUUGAGACAAUUAACAAAGAAAAGGGGAAAUUCAAACUGCUGGUAAAGAAAUAAAAUAAGAAAAAUAAAAUAAAAUCUAUUUUAUUUUUAAGAGAAAAAAAUAUGUGUAAUUCAAGUUACGCAUGUUAAGUGGCAAAUAUGUACUUUUUUAAUAUAACACAGAUGCAGAUGUUGAAACAACA